GUACAAAUACUCGCCGAUUUUUCCGAAAAGGCAAGGAAUCCCCCCGGUUCGGAAAGAUUCUCCCUUUCUCCCCCGUCCGGCCGUCCCCGCGCCCUCAUCAAUUCCAGCCACCUCCCACCGGCCGAUUCUUAUCCAGCUCGAUCCAAUUCACCUCUGUCCAGCUCCGGUUGGUGCUUCGCAAACCCGGGAUCGGGGCGUCUCCUAGCCCAAUUUGGUCUCCGGACGAUCCGAUUCGAUCUUCCAUUGGGGGAGCCGGAAUUGGAAUCAUAUCCCGGGGAUUCCUCCACUGUUCGAUCCCCUUCACCCGCCCCACUGCCCUGCACCUGCUAAAAUGCUCUCUGCUCGCCCGAUAGCCUGCUUCCGCUGCUGCUGAUUUCCUUCCUGCCAUUUCGAUCUCGCCCCGCCCCGCCCCUCCGGAUCGUUGGAUGAUUCCGACCGAUUCUGGGACCAAAAAAAACGCCAGCUUUCGCACCGAGGAUCCUGCUGCUACCUCGGGAGGGACUCGUCGCGGUGGAUCCAUGGCUGGGGAGAAGUCGCCGCGCGCUUUCUCGAUGGACGAGCUACCGGGCCACCUCAUCGGGGAGGUCCUGACCUCCGGCAGGCUCGCCGCUGCUGACCUCGCCAGGCUCGAGCUCACAUGCCGCGCCCUUCGACCUCUUGCCGAGCACGCCGCCUCGCGCCUCUGCGCCGCCCGCACCGCUUUCGCCGUCAUGGGGCCUGCCGACCGUGGGGAGCUCCUCGCCAGGUGUGGCGGUAGCUGGAAGAAGGUGCUCAGAUUCCUGCAGUCCGUCCAGCAGUCAUCGGACACCGUCGAGACCUCAUCCGGCAGCAUGCAAGUAGCGACAGGGAGAUAUCACACACUAUUAGUCCAUGACUCUUCUGUAUAUUCUUGUGGCUCCAGCUUGUGUGGUGUACUAGGGCAUGGUCCUGAUACUACACAGUGUGUGGCAUUCAGUCGGGUUUCCUUCCCGUCGCUUGCCCGUGUUGCUAACAUAUCUGCCUUUCACAACCAUGCAGCUUUCGUUACAGAGUCUGGGGAGGUGUUCACAUGUGGAGAUAAUUCAUCAUCUUGCUGUGGUCACGGUGAUGUUGGGCGAACUAUAUUUCGGCCAACCCAAAUAGAAGCCCUUAAAGGGAUUUCCUGCAAGCAGGUUGCUACUGGUCUAAGUUUUACUGUAAUUCUUACAAGGAAUGGAGAAGUGUAUACAUGUGGAAGUAACACACAUGGCCAGCUUGGUCAUGGUGACACUAUAGACAGGGCUGCUCCAAAGAUUGUUGAAUUGUUCAAAGGCACCAGUCCAGUGGUGCAGGUAGCAGCUGGUGCAAGCUACACAUUUGCCGUGACAGAUGAUGGGACAGUUCAUUCGUUUGGUUCUUGUACUAACUUCUGCCUUGGACAUGGGGAUCAGCAUAAUGAACUUCUUCCACGUGCAAUCCAAUCGUUUAAGAGGAGGAAUAUUCAUGUAGUUCGUGUAUCUGCUGGAGAUGAGCAUGCUGUAGCUCUUGAUGCACUGGGACAUGUAUAUACAUGGGGUAGAGGCUACUGUGGAGCACUAGGUCAUGGUGAUGAAAAUGAUAAAACUAGCCCAGAAUUAAUUGGCAGUCUGAAGGGUCAAGUUGCUGUACAGGUCUGCGCGAGAAAGAGAAAGACCUUUGUUCUCACUGAUGAAGGCUCAGUUAUUGCAUUUGGAUGGAUGGGCUUUGGGAGUUUAGGGUUUCCUGACCGAGGAUCAUCUGACAAAGUGAUGCAGCCUCGUGUUCUUGACAGCCUGCGUGGUCACUAUGUCUCCCAAAUAAGCACUGGACUAUACCACACUGUUGCAGUGACAAAUAAAGGCAUCGUGUUUGGUUUUGGAGACAAUGAGCGAGCCCAGCUUGGGCAGGAAUACAUUCGCGAGUGCUUGAAACCUACAGAGAUAAUGUUCCACAAAAAUAGUAUUGAAGAUAUAGCCAUCGCAGCGCCUAUCGGGUAGCAGAUAAAUUUGAGGUUCAGAUUACCAUGCUAUAGUCAACAAUAAUCGACACAUGUUGUUCCAUCUCAGCAAGUGUAUUUUAUACUUAGAUUUUUCAGUGUUCUGUGAGGACUUGGGUAAACGAGAGAGGUGCAAAAAUGGAGGACAGUGUUGUAGUUAAAAGGAGCAUAUAGUGAAGUAAUUUGGCAACGUAUUAAGUACUUCGACUCGGCAUUAUGUUAUGUAUAAAAAUUACUGGUGUGUUUAGUGUUA